CAGUAGUCUACACUUUGUCAUUUUUUAGUAUUACUGAGUACUUGUUACCUACUUAAUAGAUGAUCUCACUUUCUGGUUUUAAUUAUUUCAGUAUUUUUUAUUUGUUCAUAGGACAAGAUGUAUUUAUUACCAUGGGUUAUUUGGAACCACAAGUUAAUUUAAAUUAAUUUUGAACAUCUGUAGCAGUAAUAAGUAUUACAAAUAGCUGUGAUUUUUGUAUUUUUUAAAUGGUAAAAAAUGAGGACGUAUUGGAGAAGUAAGACAACAUAAGGAAAAUAAGAAAUAGAAAUAAUAUGGUAGGACGCCUUUUGAGACUUCAAGAGACCCAUUAUAAGCAGAAACAGGAAUAAAGAGUGGCAGAGUUAGAAUUAGAGUUCGUAAAUAAUUAUGAUGAUGAUCGAAGCCCCACUUAAUUACUGCUUCAUACUUCCGAUUUGCUACAAAUCUAAAUGAAACGUAUAUCUCUCUCUAAACAAUAUCAGGAAGUACGUGCAUAUACAAAUAAGAUAACUUUAUUAUUAACAGUGGAACUAGGAAAUAGCAAAUUUUAUUUCACACUGGUAAUAUCGUUUAAUCAGAGAUAAAAUAUUUUAAUAAUGGAACGGCAAAUGCCAACAUAUGUGUUUUGCGGACGGGAAGUUAAUUCCUUAGAACUAAUUUCUGCUAAACUUAUCCACCCGGAUUUAUACCAUUAUUGGAAAACUAACAAAAUUACUCUCCUUUAUUUUGCACAUAGCUUGUUAUUAAACCACAUCGUUUUCCGUAGUAUUGUUUUUCAUUAAUUAAAGUUCAAAAAACUAAACAAAAAAUGGACCGUGUCAGGCUUCUAAUGGUAGGAUUUACCAAACACUGCGGAGGCGAUAUUUACGCACUUCCCAAUGAUGAAAAACUAAUAAAACUGGAAUAUGUUGCGUACACAAUUUUAAGUCCCAUCAUAAUUAUCGUGGGGAUUAUUUGCAACUGCAUAAACCUUUUAGUCCUGAGUUACCCGUCAGUGAUGAAAGGGGCUGCCAAAAUUUAUUUAAGGGCACUGGCAAUAGCAGACCUGUGCGCUCUUUUGGGCCUAGUACCAGUACUACAAAGAUUGAACAAAGUUCACAACCAAACCCUCACUGCUGCCUUUUAUUACGCUCAUCUUGAAGUUUUUCUCGUCGAAGUAUUUAUCAGAUUCAGUACAUUUAUCGUGGUUUGUAUGUCAUUCGAUAGAUAUUUAGCAAUCUGCCUUCCGGAAAAAUUCAACGAUUUUCAUUCGACGAAAUUCGCUCUUAAACUUGUGGGUUGUUGUUUUGUUAUUGCAACGAUUAUAACUUUACCCCUCAUCUUUAUAAAAGUACCUUGCAUUUUGACCGAGAGGCACGGCUUAGAAUUAUGGGAUACAAAGGAAAAUCCAAAAGUAACGCACCACUACUUAUGGAACAUUUAUAUUUGGUGCUACGAAUUGAUAGCAGCAUAUGGGGUAUUUUUGAUAAUAGCAUUUUGUAAUUUGAGCAUCAUAGGUCGUUUUCAAGCAUACAUGAAAAAGAAAAACGAACUUCAUAACACUACAGCGCAGACCAUUCCUGAAAAUGGGGCCAUUGUGAAGUCAAAUGAUGGAAACGUUUACAUUCAAAAAAGAAAGCAGAGAGAAGAAAAUCGCUUAGUGUUCACGCUUCAGUUAAUUGUCCUUUUAUUUUUCCUUACCAUGACUCCAUCGGUUGCCCUAUCAAUUAUUUACUAUACCACCCGAGACAUAAGGGAUUUCUUUCGCUUUUCUGUUUUGAGAGCCGUUGGCAAUAACUUACUAAUGCUGUAUUUGACGUUAAACUUUUUCAUUUAUUCAUUUUGCCACAAACAAUUCCGUAUUGCAGUUAAAAAAUUGUUUUGCAGAUGUUUCAAUUUCAAUUGAAUGUAAUUACAUUUAAUUGUAAAAUAAAAUCUUCAGCAUUUUUUAUCUUAUUUUAUUUAUUCAUAAGGUCUAAAGUCGCGAAGAAAGUAGCUCGUAAAAAAAUUCAUUAAGUAAUAGUAAAAACCAAACAUGUACAAGCACUGACUAAAAAAAAUCGCAAAAAAAGAAUUGAAAAGAUACCACGGUGUAUCCCAAAAAUUGUCAAGGAUGGUACAGAAUAGGUUCCAAAAAUAAUCGAGCUGGAACACCAGAUGCACUACAAAAAUCCACAUUUAGGGAGAUAUCAUAGUAAAAUUCUUUCAACCAUAUCUAUCUUAGGGUAUCCAGCCAAUCUUUGAACCAUGAUAAUGAAUUUUUAUGCAAGAUUGUGUAUUUUUACCGAAAGCUCUACGAGGAAGCUUUUGCAGAAAUUAUCAACUAAAGCCGUAAGAUACUCGAACGUGCAGCUUUAGUUUGAAUAUAAAGGCACUCAUUAAAAAAUUGGCCACAUUGCAUAUUUAUUUAAAUAAGAUAUACAGUAAACAGCCUGUUGAAUAUUUAGUAAGAUAAUACAAUUUUGUCGAAACUGUUUAGAAACCAUGUCGUAAACACAAGUCUUAAAUACGCCACUUAAAUAGUUACCAGUUUUCUGAAGCAUUUUACAACACUAGCUAAACGUUAAUUAAAAAAUGGGCGAUAUGUAGGAUUCAAUAAUAAUUAUUGUAACAUGAAUUAUAAUUAUUAAUAAUA